AUGACUGAACUUAAUGGAAUUCUUGAUGUUGGAGAUAAGGACCCCGUGUACGAGGGCAUGGAUUCGAAUUUUGCUACACAGAUUCAAGAUUUGGCAAGAUCGAUUGCAACGGUGGAAGACUGUGACGAUUUCAUGGAGGCAAAAUCAACGGCAAAUAUUGAGUUAAUGCGCGCACUUACGACUAUGUCUGAUGCCAAAGGUGAAGUUCCUAUGUCUGAAGAAAAAAUUGAUCCCAAACUAGAUCCGUAUUCUUCUGAUUUUGAUGCAAAGUAUUGGGUUGUGAACAUGAGGAGACUUUAUGAUUCGGACCCUGACUUCUACAGACCUGUUUCUAUGGGGGUAGCAUACAGGAACUUAAGAGCUGUAGGAAUUGCUACAGAAUUCGAUUAUCAAACUACUUUUAGUAAUGGAUUCUUCAAAGUUGCAAGUAAAGGAUUCCGUAAGAUAUUCGGUUUCAACCAAGGUGAAACCUUCGAUAUUUUGAAGCCCAUGGAUGGACUUAUCAGACCAGGUGAAGUCACUGUAAUUCUUGGAAGACCAGGUGCAGGGUGUUCGACAUUUUUAAAGUCAAUCGCUAACCAAACUUAUGGUUUUAAUAUUGACAAGGGCUCAAUUAUUUCUUAUGAUGGAAUGACACGAAAGCAAAUAGCUAGACAGUUUCGUGGCGAUGUUGUUUAUUGUGCCGAAACUGAAACUCAUUUUCCUCAAUUGACGGUAGAGACUACUUUAGAAUUUGUUGCCAAAAUGAAAACUCCGCAAAAUAGGCCAGUAGGAAUAACUAGAGAAGCAUACGCCAAGCAUAUGGCAGCAGUUAUGAUGGCAACGUAUGGAUUGAGCCAUGCAAGAAACACAAAAGUCGGGAAUGAUUAUAUCAGAGGAGUUUCUGGAGGUGAGAGAAAGAGAGUUUCUAUCGCUGAGGUAUCUUUGGUUCAGGCUGCUUUGCAAUGUUGGGAUAAUUCUACUAGAGGUUUAGACUCCGCCACAGCUUUAGAAUUCAUAAAAGCUUUGAAAGUUUCCGCAACCAUUAUGGAUGCUACACCGUUGAUCGCCAUUUAUCAAUGCUCCCAAGAUGCGUUCGAUUUGUUCGACAAGGUCAUUGUACUCUACGAAGGUUACCAAAUUUACUUUGGUAGUAGCAAGAAAGCUAAACAGUACUUUCAGAAUAUGGGAUAUAUCUGUGCUCAACGUCAAACAACUGCAGAUUUCUUAACCUCAUUGACAAAUCCUGUUGAAAGAAUAGUAAAAGAAGGUUACGAAAAGAAAGUGCCAAGAACACCCGAAGAGUUCUAUUCUUGUUGGCAAAACUCAAUUGAAAAGACAGAGUUAGAUAAAGAGAUAGAUGAGUAUCUUUCAACGACUAAGGAUGGCAGCAACUUCAAUGGCUUUUCUCUUGCACACACAACUAAACAGGCUAAUCAUCUCCGGGCCAAGUCUCCAUGUACUGUAUCUUUCCCCAUGCAAGUUCGAUACAUUUUGGGACGGAAUUAUGAAAGAAUCAAGGGCGAUCCAACACUUUUUUUAUUCGGUAUUGUUGGAAACUUACUGAUGAGUUUGAUUAUAUCUUCUAUUUUCUAUGGAAUGAAGAAUAACACGGCGUCAUUUUUCACAAGAACUUCGGCGAUGUUUUUUGCAGUGUUGUUCAAUGCAUUCUCAUCACUUCUUGAAAUCUUUUCUUUAUAUGAAGCCCGUCCCAUAGUUGAAAAGCAUAAGAAGUUUGCUCUCUAUCACCCGUCAGCCGAUGCUUUGGCGUCUAUUGUUACAGAGUUGCCUGCCAAACUUUUUGCUUGUUUGACUUUUAAUUUAACUUUGUAUUUCAUGGCCAAUUUUAGACGGGAUCCAGGUCAUUUCUUUUUCUAUAUUUUGGUAAACUUUUCAGCAACGUUGGCCAUGUCCCACAUAUUUAGGACUAUAGGUGCGUCGUUCAAGACAUUGUCACAAGCUAUGACCCCUGCAGCAGUAUUUUUAUUGUCCCUUACUAUUUUCACUGGAUUCGUUAUUCCAACCCCAAAAAUGCAUGGAUGGUGUCGCUGGAUUAACUAUAUUGACCCAGUUGGUUAUGCUUUUGAAGCUUUAAUUUCAAAUGAGUUUAGCGGUCGUCAAUUUGAAUGUUCAAGUUUUGUUCCUAGUGGACCAACAUAUCCAACUUCAGGCAACUCAAUAAUAUGUAACGUUGUUGGUGCUGUUCCAGGACAAUCUUUUGUACAAGGGUCGACAUAUAUUAGCUUAUCAUUUGAAUAUUAUGCGAAAAACAAAUGGAGAAACUGGGGUAUUUUAGUUGGCUUUAUAUUCUUCUUUCUUGGUAUUUACUUAAUCCUUUGUGAAUUUAAUCAAGGAGCAAUGCAGAAGGGGGAAAUAUUGUUGUUCCAAAAAAAAUCUAUAUUUAAAAGACUAAAGAAAGCCGUACCUGGAGAUGUGGAAUCAGGUACAAUUGGAGGCUUGUUUCAAGAUGACUCCGAAUCAAACGACGACUCGAAGAACUUAAUGGAGAAUAUUCCUGUCCAAACUAAUAUAUUCCACUGGAGAAACUUAACUUAUCAUGUGAAAAUUAAAAAGGAGGAUAGAAUAAUUUUGAAUGAUAUUGAUGGCUGGGUACGCCCGGGUCAGGUGACGGCUUUAAUGGGAGCAUCUGGGGCUGGGAAGACUACGUUAUUAAAUGCUUUAUCCGAGAGAUUAACCACUGGUUUAAUUACAUCGGGAACUCGUAUGGUUAAUGGGCAUACUACAGAUAGUUCAUUUCAAAGGUCGAUAGGCUAUGUUCAGCAGCAAGAUUUACAUCUACAGACUUCUACAGUUAGAGAGGCGUUGAAGUUUGCAGCCUAUUUGCGUCAACCAGCAUCAGUACUGAAAGCGGAAAAGGAUAGGUACGUGGAACAUAUAAUCCAAUUACUAGAAAUGGAGAAAUAUGCAAAUGCAGUUGUUGGUGUAUCGGGUGAAGGAUUGAACGUAGAACAAAGAAAGAGAUUAACUAUUGGGGUAGAGUUGGUAGCCAAACCAAAGUUGUUGGUUUUUUUGGAUGAACCGACUUCCGGACUUGAUUCUCAGACAGCUUGGUCUAUUUGCAAGCUUAUUCGAAAAUUAGCAGACCAUGGACAAGCCAUUUUAUGUACAAUACAUCAACCAUCAUCAAUUUUACUUGAAGGUUUUGACCGACUUCUCUUUUUACAAAAAGGUGGUGAAACUGUUUACUUCGGAGAAUUAGGAAAGAAUUGUCAAACAUUGAUUGACUAUUUCGAGAAUGCUGGUGCUGCUCCUUGCCCCCCAGAAGCAAAUCCAGCGGAGUGGAUGCUUGAGAUUAUAGGUGCCGCCCCAGGAUCGGUAGCGAACCAAGAUUAUUUUCAAGUUUGGAGAUCAUCACAAGAAUAUGAAACCUUGCAUAGUGAAUUAGAUGCCAUGGAAAAGGAGCUAAUUAAUGUUCCAGUAGAAAAGUCAGAUGAAGAUCUUAAAGAGUUUGCAGCUUCUUUCUGGACUCAAUAUGUUUAUGUUACUCAGCGUGUACUUGAACAAUAUUGGAGGACACCAUCAUACACUUAUUCUAAAGUUUUAAUGUCCAUCUUUGCUGCAAUUUUUAACGGUUUCGCAUUUUAUAAUGCUGAUAAAUCUCUCCAAGGUUUGCAGAAUCAAAUGUUUUCAGUGUUUAUGUUCCUUGUUGUAUUUCAAACGUUGGUCCAACAAUAUUUACCUCAUUUUGUUUCUCAGAGAGAUUUAUACGAAGUUAGAGAAAGACCAUCGAAGACUUUUUCCUGGUAUGCUUUUAUUGCGGCACAAAUCACUGUUGAAAUUCCUUGGCAAGUUGGUGCAGGGACUCUUUCAUUCUUUUGUUGGUACUAUCCGGUAGGCUUAUACAACAAUGCUGUCCCCACAAACUCUGUUCUUGAGAGGGGAGUGACUAUGUGGAUUGUUGUUGUUUUGUUCUUUAUCUACACUUCAACAAUGGGACAAUUGUGUAUCUCAUUUAUCGAACUAGCUGACAAUGCUGCCAAUUUGUGCUCCUUAUUAUUUACAAUGUGCUUAACUUUCUGUGGGGUUUUGACUUCCUCGGACGCUAUGCCUAGAUUUUGGAUUUUCAUGUACAGGUGUAAUCCAUUCUCUUAUAUGGUAUCUGCAAUUUUAUCUGUGGCUCUAGCUAAUUCCGAUGUAAAAUGUGCUGCUACUGAGCUUUUGAAAUUUGUUCCAACUGCAGGGAUGACUUGUGGGGAAUACAUGCAAGAUUAUAUUGGUGUAGCGGGAGGAUACCUAGUUGACCCUCAGGCUGUGGGUCAAUGUCAAUAUUGUACUAUUGCAGAGACAAAUACAUUUUUGCUGGCUGUUGGUUCGGUAUACACAAGAAGAGCUCAAGAUAUUGGUAUUUUUUCAGCAUUUAUCAUCAUCAAUAUGAUCGGAACUGUAUUCUUUUACUGGCUAGCAAGAGUUCCAAGGGGAAGUAAGAUGAAAAUGAAGUAG